ACUCUGAGAAAGGGUAGAGCUACAAAUAUAUAUUUUGGGGUACUCUGAGAAAGAGUAGCUACACCUGCAUCUGCGCUUCAUGGACAGACAACGUGAGCAAGAUCAAGGAUCAAGUGAAUCCCUUGAGAUCCAAGUUUUUUUCGGCUAUCUUUCAAUUUUGGGUGGUCUCCUUGCAGUAAAGAAUCAAGGCGGCGUUAGCGUUUCCCUGUUCGAAGAACAUAAAAAGAUUAUAUAUGUUUUUGUUAUUGUUAUUUCAAUCUAUGUUGCAACGAUUAUUGUUGGUAAAAAGCUUGGGACGAAGGCUAUUGAGCCCAUUCGACUCCUCGCUGCCACAAUUGCCCCAAUCUUACUCUUCUUGAUUGUAGUUCCAGAAUUAGGAUGGCCGGCGCUUGGUUUAUGGGUCAUCCUUGCAGCAAAAAUGGCAUGGGACUACUUACGACAACUAUAUCAUUGGCUUGGUUCAUGCUGCGUACGGCCUUCUCAAAACACUCCAAGUGAUACUGAUCAACAGCCUUGUGGAGAUCUUUCUCAAAACACUCCAAGUGAUACUGAUCAACAGCCUUGUGUAGAUCUUGUUUCAAUUUCUAUUCCUCCGACGGAUGGAUUACAACUCUCUCACAACUAAUUGUCUCUUAUCAUAAAUUUUUGUCUGCUUCCCACUUACAAGGAUAAAA